AUGGCAGCCGCAUCCUCCUCAGCGGUUGCUGCCCGGCCCAGGCAGUACAGGCGGCUAUUAACUUCGACUCUACAUCGCAAAUUCGUUCAUGCGUCGGCAGUUUCUUUGGUUGCUUGCUAUGUUGUCGCUUUUCUUAUUGGCGUUAAGUCUUCCUUCUUCUGGUCAUGGUUUCCUCUGGGCGCUUGCGGCUUUCGGACGAUACUCCUUUUUUUCUCAUGCCUUGCUAUUUUCAUCCUCCGUGUUGGCCAGAUGCGUGUGGGAACCCGGACCACAAGUUCCCCUUUCAGCUCAGCGAGGCAGGCCUUGUUCUCCUUGUCCACUUUCCAGACCUUUGGAUGGUAUCUAUUAUCUGCGUGGUGGUUUACUGAGGUGUCCAUGUGGUCGUCAUCAGAAAGCGCAGACCUUAAUUGGGUAAAACUGGGAAAGCCGUUUGAACGAGCAAAGCUCAAUGAGAGACCAAUAUAUCUCCAUUGCUUCUACGCCCUUCUUGCUGUUUCACAAGCAACGCUUCACCUCUAUUUUGACUGGGAUAAGAUCCCCGUUCCCAUAUCGAAUCGAACCUCGACAUCCACACACCAGAGUUUGCAUGCGCUGGAGCCGCUUCCUGUCAGGAUCAGGAAGGCCAUGCCUCAGAUAUUAUACGAUGCCGUAAUUAGAAGCUCAAUUACGGCUAUUGUGGGCCCCUUUAUCUAUAUGUUAUUUCUCAGACGCAUCGCCUGGAAUUGGGUCCUUUCUUUUGCAAAGCUUUUCUGGAAUUUUCCUCGAUCCGCCGCUGAUCCUCCAGGGCUGAUUCCACCCCUGCACAUUCUGCUAAUGCUCCGGGCCGCUACUACCGGCGUGCUUCUUGUGAUGUUGUGGCAGGUGUCUAAUCUUUUGUUUUCAACGUUUUUGGGUCAGGCGCCCUUGAAAAGAGGUCAGCCAUUGACAAACGAAUCCAAAGACCCGAAUGGCAGCUUGAUAAACGGAUUGAACGCGAAAAAGGACGUCGUCCGAACAUUCGCAUUCUGGGAAUUGUGCUUGAUCAGCCAACAAUAUCCGGAGCGCCGCAAAGCAAUUUUUGCUGACAUCGAUCGCAACGGUGGUCCAGCAUGGACCCAAAUUUUCUACGCUUCGACAAAUGUUAUCAAGGGAAUAACCGCGCGAAUAAAUGAGCAUCGACACCCCACACCCCUGGUGGGUCCGAACUCUACAUUACCCAGAUCAGAUAGUAAUAGGAACAUCGAUGGACAACCGGCCAUUAUUCACACCCUACCUCGCCUAACCUCCCCUCCACGAGAAGACAACAUCUUCCUUGCCUCAUCCAAGCCAGCGACCGGGUCCGAAAAAUUGGAGUCAGCCUUCAGCUCUGUAGCUAAAUCCUACGGCCAAUCUCCUGACUGGACACCAGCAGCCCGCGACCAAGCCCGCAACAUUAUCAACCGUGCCACCACUGCUGUCCUCAGCCCGGAACGGAAAAAGCGCAUAUCCUCCUCAGCCCAGGAGCUCAAGCUCCUCACGGGGCCUCACUCCCCAUCUAGUUCAGAUAGACGCAGCACCCACCCCCUAAUCCACAAAUUCCUCAGCUCUCUCGUAGGUUUACCAUUCCGCCAAUCCUACGCACGACGACUCCGCAUCAUCAUCCUCGGCACUCCAUAUGCCAGUCUCUCCCCAAUUAUUGAUGCGGUAGAAUCUCUCACUCGCCUCCUCAUCGCGAGUCUAGCAGAGGACCAGUUUGGAAAAGUGCAGGCGGAUAUUGCCGCUGUCGUGCACCUGUUUACAGAGACUUUAAUAUCUCUCGAGUCCUUUACUAGCGUUGAUGAUGGCGGGCUGGAUAUCCAUUGGACAGAUGUUGAUUUCCCUCCUACAGACGCCGGUGUGGAGAUACAGAAAAAGGCGCGGCGGGUAGAGGAGGUAGAGAUGAUCAAAGAGGCGUUAAGGAGUGGGUUGUCGGAGCUUUUGGAGACAUUUAAGUUAUAUUUAGAUGAUGUCGGGGUUCGAGGAAACGAUUUAAAGAUGGCGAGGGAGGCGGUGGGAUUGGUUUGA